AACCUACCAGUCAACAAAACUACCAUUCUUAUGUUAACCCUUUUCUUCUACUUCAUUGAGUUUCUUCUAUCAUAACUUGUUCAUAUAAUUUUUUUUUUUUUUCCUAACCAACAACAUCUUCUCUAGUUCUUUUUUUCUAUCUCUCUAGACUUAACGUCUUAAGAUUCUUAAGGCCCUCUUUUUUCUAGAGCUUUACAGUUUUCAUCAAAGUAAUCGAAAUGGCCAAACCUGGCAACAAGAUUAUACAAGCCAAGCUGGUGGGUGCUUCUAGGAGACAUGGGAACUGGGAAGACCAGUUUAGUCUUAAGAUUUGUCAAAGGCCAGUUUUUUGAUAAUCAGGAACCGACCAUUGGAGCAGCAUUUUUCACUCAGAUACUAUCCUUGGCUGAAGCCACGGUAAAGUUUGAUAUAUGGGAUACAGCAGGACAAGAGAGAUAUCAUAGCUUGGCUCCUAUGUAUUAUCGGGGUGCAGCAGCAGCUGUAGUUGUGUAUGAUAUAUCAAGCAUGGAUACAUUUACUCGAGCUAAAAAAUGGGUUCAAGAACUGCAAAGACAAGGAAAUCAAAAUCUGGUGAUGGCAUUGGUUGGAAACAAAUCUGACUUGGAAGCAAAGAGAGAGGUUGAGACUGAGGAGGGGGACCAAUUUGCUCAAGAAAAUGGGAUGCUUUUCAUUGAAACAUCUGCGAAAACUUCACAGAACAUCAACGAUCUCUUCUAUGAAAUAGCAAAAAGACUAGCAAAAGCAAACCCCGCAAAGUCAAGUGCGAUGCAUCUAAACAAUGAAACUCAAGAUAAAAGAAGAAAAAUACUUUGUUGUUCAGUUUGACUAUCCACAAUUUCAAGAGAGCAGUAACCAAUGAAAUCAAGGUCCUCUUGACAUUAUUUGUAACAACAUGCUCAUUUUUCAGAACCAGGUCAUUUGUUAAAGUUCCAGAUUACCUCUUAUAUCUAAAUCGGCAUUUUGGUUCGCAUAAUACUCUUUUGAGGUAUAUGAGGUACUUCCAAUAUCUGUAAAGAAAUUGCUUACACAAAAUCUUCUUUUUUUCUUUUAUUGUAAAUGAACAAAGUUUGUGAACAAGUUGUACUGCU